AUGGUGAACACUCGCAAGGAGUCUUAUGUGCCUAAACAGUUUGAAGAUGCACCUAAUGUCAUUACCUCUUCGCCUCCUCCAAUACAACAUGCAAGGGUCAUAGGUCGUCGGUUCAAGAGCACUCCUCCCCGGAGACCCUAUCGGCUUCUGUCUGAGAAAGUGCAGGGCGAGGCCUCUAGUAGGCUGCAGGAGUCUUUACGUUCUGAGGCAGUGUCUGAAGUCGGUGAGUCUGCUGUUCCUGUCUCUCCUGUUGUGCAUGCACAUCGAGCUUUUAAGGCCACUAAACCCUCAGGGCCAGUUACAGCCGAGAGGCUCCCUUCUGAUCCUCCAGUUUCCAUUCACUCCCAAGAGAGCUCAUCAACCGAAGGGGUAUUCAUUCCAACUCCAGGAGACCCUCGAUGCUCACCAGCUAUACCUUCAAGUCAUUCUCCCUCUGUUCACUCUCCCCGAUUGAAACUACCUACUUCACAACCGGAUGCGGUGCCUGCACACAUUUUUGAAAUCGCUACCGCUGCAAGUGAGACUAAUGGCUCUCAACAUGAUGAUCAGUGUGCUUCUUUUAACCAGACUGAGAUACCUCAUGAAGACAUUCCUCUUCCUACUGAUGAUCCCAUUGCACCAUCUUCUGAAGGAAGGCCAGAGUCACCUAAAGGUCCUAAACCCCCAAAAAGAAAAACUCAACAGGCUAGAAGAAAUGUUACCACAAAAACUGGCAGAAAGAAAAUCCCUGCAAAUGUUCCAUAUGUUCCCAUUGAUGGAAUUUCUUUUCAUCACGAGGAAAGCGUUCAACACUGGAAGUUUGUGAUGCAGAGGAGAAUUUCCGAUGAGUUAAUUAGAGAAUUUAUUGUUAAUCUGCCUGAUGAUUUUAAUGAUCCAAGUAGUGUUAAUUAUCAGACGGUGCACAUUAGAGGGUUCAAAUUUGUGAUUUCACCUGCUGUGAUAAAUGAGUUUCUUGGAAAUACUGUUGAUAUUGACUACUCUUCAUCAUGUCCUACUACUGAGGUUUUAGCUAAUGUCUUAUCUGGAGGGACCUUGUCCACAUGGCCUGUGAAUGGAAUCCCUGUAGCUGCUCUCAGCGUCAAGUAUGCCAUACUGCACAAGAUUGGCAUUGCCAAUUGGUUCCCUUCCUCACAUGCCUCAAGCAUAUCUGCUGCCUUAGAUACAUUCUUGUAUCAAAUUUGCAAUAGUGAUAAAGUAGAUACGGGUGCCUUCAUUUACAAUCAACUGUUGACGCAUGUUGGGUCGUUUAGGGUCAAGGUUCCCAUUGCUUUUCCGAGGUUGUUCUCCAGUCUGCUACUUCAUCUAAAUGGAGUGGUGCUUACUGCAUCUGAUGCUCCUGGACCUGAACCUAAGACAAUUGCACUUAGCUACAGACUCUUUCAAGGCAGUCAUGUGCCUGAUAUUGACCAUGAUGUGCAUCCAACUUGGGGCCCACGUAUUUUUGACACUACUGACUGGGAUGAAUCUGCUGAAGGCUUCUAUGUGGAUCGUGAGUUAGCUACCCGCAUUAUUAAUUCCUUGACUGCUGAAUCUCGUGCACUGACUAACUCCAUCACUCUAUUGUCUGAACGUCGAUUAGAGGUUGAUGCUCUCAUUCGACAUUUGAAGUCUUCGGCACCAUCUACUAGUCGUCAGCAGCCACCAUCUGGUUAA